AAUGCAACUACUCUUCCACCAACUGUACUAACUACAACAGAUGGCAGCAUAACCCCAGAGAGCACCAGUUCAGCCCAAAUAGCUACUCCUGUCCCACCAACCCCAUUACCUAAGAACAACACUUCAACAAAGAGUUUUCUUACCUGUGGUAAACCCAAUCCGAAAAAACAACUUAACCGGAUUUACGGGGGUCUUAAAGCUAUUCCUGGAGCCCGUCCAUGGCAAGUAUCUGUACAGGUUAAGCCUAAAGGAUCCAGCCAACAGUACAGACACAUCUGUGGAGGCACCCUUAUCAAGACUUGUUGGGUGCUGACCGCUGCACACUGCAUUGAUAAAAAGCAUGACUACAGAGUUAUAUUGGGAGGACUAAAUCUGAUACAAAAGGAGCAAACAGAUCAGACUGUACUGGUGGAGGACACUAUCAUCCAUGAGAAGUUUAAGGAAACCCCUGACGUCGUCUACAAUGAUAUUGCUCUAUUAAAACUGAAAGCUACUAAUGGAAAAUGUGCGAAGGAAACUCAGUUUGUGAAGGCCGCCUGCUUGCCCAAAGAACCUUUUACAGAUGGAACAGAAUGCAGUAUUUCUGGGUGGGGAGCCACAGAGACGUCAGAGCAUGGCUCUGUGCAUUUGCUUGAUGCACAGGUUUUGCUGAUUUCUCAGGAGGUUUGUUCAAGCAAUAAAGUAUAUUCUUCUUUGCUGGAUGAUGGCAUGUUUUGCGCUGGCUAUCUUAAGGGAGGAGUGGACUCCUGUCAGGGUGACUCUGGUGGGCCUUUAACCUGUGAGAGAAAUCAAACACACUAUAUCUAUGGUAUAGUGAGCUGGGGAGACAGCUGUGGGGAGAAGAACGAGCCUGGUGUCUAUACCAGAGUCCUUAAAUAUUUGGAUUGGAUCAAUGAAAAAAUUGGUGGGACACAGUAGCAUGUCUAUGAAAGAUUCUGUUGUGUACUCUGAUCUACCAGCAAUGCUUUGUACAUAUGCGCAUUGCAGAGUUUCUGAAAGACUUCUGAAAUAAAUGUGUCUCUGUUUCCCCACAAUAUUAAACAGUACAACUGUUUACAACAUUGAUAAUAAUAAAAAAAAAUAUUUCUGAAGGAUCAUGUGACACUGAAGA